AUGGGGAGCCACGCGGGGCUGCCUCUGUUCAUGCUGCUGCUGCUGCUUUGGGACCAGCUGAGCUUGGCGUUUUCUUCCUGCCCGAACGGCACCUACCUCCGAGCCAACGGGAAGUGUUUCCCUUGCAAGACCUGCGAAGGAGAACAGGCCUACGAAAAGGAGUGUUCUGAAACGGCAAAUGCAGUUUGCAAAUGCAUUCGGUGUGGAGAGUGCAGCAUUGGAGAGGAGCGGACCGAGGAAGGUUGCCAAAGAUGCCCCCAGGGGACAUUUAACAAUCAAGUCAAUGGUAUAUGCCAAGAAUGGACACAAUGUCCGGCCAAUAAGAUCACAAUUCCUGGGACAGAGGAAAAGGAUGUGAUUUGCAUGCCUGAGUCCAAAGACACAACACCAUCACCUACUGCCGCAGGCUCAGACAUCACUGUAGGCAUAGCAAUCACCACCAGUACCAGUACCAUCCUGACUGCAGUUUGUAUGGGACUCCUGUUGCUUUUCUGCAUCUUCUUUGGCUUGUGGGCCCAGAAAAAGUUCCCAACUGUUUUCAAGAAAUUGUCCCUCAAGCCGCUGGUGCAGGAGGUGGAGGACUGCAGCUGCCGCUACCCAGAGGAAGAAGAAGGGGGAGGCAGUGAUAUUUCUGGCCUGAAGGGGGAGCUGCUGGAAAAUAUUCCUUAACCAAUCACAAGAGUCCAAAUC